ACUCUACAGCUCAGUUGGACAGCAGCCGCAUCAUGUUUAGCCACAGCACGGUGGUGGUACUGUUGGUUGUGCUCACGUUGUUUGGUCCAGUUCAUUCAGGAAGAAUAAUUGGAGGUCGGGAAGCUGUGCCACACAGCCGGCCAUCCGUGGUGCUUAUGGAGAGACGCAUCGAAUGACAUGAGAUACUGUGAUGGAUUCAUUGUCAGUGAGGACUUUGUGAUGACUGCUGCCCACUGUCAGGCCAAGGAUUACUCAGUUGAUCUUGGACUUCACAGUACGUAUCAUUUGACAAAAUGAAGUGAAGCUCAUAAAAGUGGAACAAGCAUUUUCACAUAUACAAAUCAUUACAACAAUAAGACCUUUUUAGAAUGACAUCAUCCUCCUCAAGGCAGCAAUAGUUGUAAAUCUUAUGUACUGGCUGUCAUCUACUUCUUUUUCAUGGUUUCACUUGCAAAGGCCUUGAUACUACGAAUGAUGCAUGGUACCAUGAUACCAAUAAACUAAAAUUUAAUUUCACAUUUUAUCUGACAACUAGCUGACACAAUAAGUGAGAGGAUUGCAAGUGAAUAAAUCCAUAAUACUGUCAGACCAACACGUGCAAUGGCUUGUGUCACGAGAAGUGGCAUCAUGUGUCACAAACAAACUUGCUUCCAAAUUCAUUAUCAUUUAAAUAAAUUGAUUAUUUUUCCCUUUUUUGUUGUUUUUUUUUGUUAUUGCACACACACAGAGAUUCUUCAGUUUGCUCACUGGAAAUACUAGUAUGAAUGUUUUCCGUGCAGCAAAAUCACAAUUGCAGGAUUCAUGGACAUUUCUACACAUUGCCCCAAAGUUCUCUUUUAUAAGCUGCAUUUCCCCUGUGAGGCUCCGUCUGAGUGUGUCCCUGAGCCACAUCAUUUGCAUAUGCAAGUAAGACACAUCCCCUUUUGGUUAAAAGCCAGGAGAUAUGAGGGUUUGAACUUGUCAACUAUUCGUGCCUCCGCUGCUCAGCACCGUUGCUCAGCUGGACUGCGAUCCCACCGUCAUGUUCUUCAAUAACAGACUGCCAGUACUGAUGGUCCUGCUGACUCUUUACGAUCAAGGCCAAACUGAAAAAAUAAUUGGAGGCCAUGUGGCUGAGCCUCACAGCCGGCCGUACAUGGCGUUCAUAAGAAAGAACCUGGUCAACAACGAACCAUCAUUCUGUGAUGGAUUUCUUCUGAACGAGGAUUUUGUGAUGACUGCUGCCCACUGCCAAGCCAACAACUACACCGUUUACCUCGGAGUUGAUAAUACAAAAUUUUUGAAAAAUGAAAAAAUACAGCAUCGAACUGUGGAAAAAGCGUUUCCUCAUGAAAAUUACAAGAAAAACGAAUUCAACGAUGACAUAAUGCUCCUUAAGCUAAGCUCUAGAGCGGUGGUGAACAACCUUGUGAAACCCAUCGCUCUGGCAAACUAUGAUGAUUUGACUCUGCCCACAUCUUGCAUCGUGUCCGGCUGGGGUCAAACUCAAGCGAAUGGAGGGAUCUCUGACAAACUCAUGGAAAUGAAUGUCACAUUGAAUGAAAAUAGCAUUUGUACUAAAAAUAAGUUAUACUGUUCAAAUGGAACAGCUAGACCUGGCAGGGGGGAUUCUGGAGGUCCACUGGUAUGUGGACAAGGCACCGCUUAUGGAGUUGUGUCCUUCAUGUCCCAAUACUCAGCUGAUCUUUCAAUGGUUGCUUACACAAAGAUACCUUGCUACUCUGACUGGAUCACGUCAACGAUGAAGAAGGCUCUUAGCAAGAACUAGAAGUCCUGGCUAAUUCAAUCAUGUUUAACUUUUAGUCACGUCAUUGGUGAGGGAGCAAUCUCAUAUAUUCCACACUGAUAGUACUGUCAGUAACGUGCAAACAAUUGAUAUUUUAUACAACAAACAGAAAAACAACAACAUAUUAUGAACACAGUCCAUCCAUCCAUCCAUCCAUCCAUCCAUCCAUCCAUCCAUCCAUCCAUCCAUUUUCUUACACCUUUGUCCCUUGAGGGGUCAGGAGGGGUGCUGCAGCCAGUCCAUGAACAGAGUCUGAGAAUGAAAUUUGUUAAUAUUCUUCUAUGUUGAGUUUGAGACCCUAUUUUUGACACUGAUGUGAAAUUUCAGUUUGUUCAAGCUCAACUUUAACAAAUGUUUGAUAACACCUACAGUAGAUAGUUGUAAAAAUGAUUGGAGAUUCAAUGUGUGUGAAAAGAUUAUCUUGCUACAAAUAGAGUCCAUAAUUCCAUGUUUGUACUAUUUUAUAUGUAUAUAUAUAAAAAAUCAAUAAACUUUUGUAUUCUGAAA